UAUCUAUCCAGCGAAUCUAAAAAUGCCCAGCUGGAAUCAGCCUUGGACCAUGUUCAGAAACGUGUGUUGCUCCAGCCACUGCAUGUACCAGAGAGUGAGCUCUUCAGGCCUAGAAAGCAGGAAGUUGAGCAGCUAAAAUCCAAAGAUUUCCUGGGGAAACCAAAGGUCAUCUCCUCUGUGGUUCCAAAUGAUCAAUACAGUGGAUUUGAGCCCCUCCGCCCUCAGAAACCCGGAUUUUAUGAGCCUUGUCAGGAAGCCAUGCAAGGUCGAGAGGCUGGAUAUCAUCGUGUUUUGGUUCAUUAUUACCCAGAAAAUUCCGGGGAGGUG